AUGACAAAGAUCGACAUUAUUGAGAAUCGUGCAACGCAUAAACUCUACAUGACUGCGAUAAUGUCAUGGAAUGACGAUGUGGCCUACGCUAUGACUCCUUUCAAACUCUUAACUCUGCCAUUAGGUGUCUGGCCUUUGCAAAAAUAUAAUACAUUUUCUUUAGUUCGUUCUAUCAUGUGCGGCAUCAGUUUGACCGUGAUGAUGAUCAUGUUGUUCCUCGAAAUCAUUUUCGGUAGCAGCGAUGCAUAUAUAAAACUUGAUGCUCUUGUACUAAUGUUCUGCAACGUUCUCUGUGUACUAAAAUUAUUGUCGUUCCGCUUAUACGCUGACAAUCUGAUUCGCAAUUACUCUUCCGCUGUGAACGAUUAUUCUACAAUUGACACUGAGGAGAAGCGCACAAUCAUGCGGCAGCAUGCAUUUAUGGGAAGAAUGAUUUGCUACAGUAUCAUAUUUUUUGCUUAUUUAGCUUCAUCAAUUUUUACGCUGGCACCUAUGAUGACAGGCGAUGAGGAUAUCCAUAUUAAUGUAUCCAUUAAAAAUCAAGCAGCAAAAUUACCAGUUCCCAUAACAUUUUUAGGGGAUUUGCAAAUACCUACAGGUUUAUAUUUCGUAAUCUCUACGGUGCAAUAUUUUAUACUGCUGCUUACUGGUACCAGCAAUUGUGGUAAUGAUUCACUUUUUCUCGCAAUCACUCUCCACGUUUGCGGUCAACUGGAACUUCUAAAAAUCAAGUUUACUAACUAUGGCGUGAAAAGCAAAAACAUAAAUGAAUAUUUUUCAAUAUUGACACUAAGACAUUGUUAUUUAAUAGAGCUUGCGGAACUUUUGUCCGAUGUAAUAAGUAUCGUCUUGCUCGUACAAGUACUGUUCAGUUGUUCUAUUAUUAGUUUGAUUG